UCUCAUUACAGUUUUGGAAAUACAAGUAAAUGAGGAAUGUAUGAACUUUAAAAUUGAGUAGAUUUUAUGUAAUCCUGCAUGUCAUGCUUACAAAAUCUUAUGAUAUAUGCAUUUAUAUACUAGCUCUAUAGAGUUCAUACUAUACUUUCAAAUCUUCACUUCAAAUAACACACAACAGUAGAGAUUCUUUCAAUAGCAGCCUCUAUAAUCACUGAAAUCGAUGAUUAGUAAAACAAUGAAGAAUUAAUUAUCCAGAAGUCUUUCAGUAUAGUAAUUGUAUUGAUCAAAGCUUAUGCAAACCUUGGUCAACUUAAGCUGCGCAGCUAUACAUCUUCUUUUCUUCUUCUAAGUAUUACUAGUACUACUAGUACCAAACUUGAGUUCUUGUAAACUAGUCAAGAGUAACAAUGGCUCAGCAGUUGGGAGCUAUAGCUGUAUUGACAUGUCUUUUUUCAAUGAUCAAGUAUGGGGUUGAAAGUGGAGGGCUUUCAUAUAAUUUCUACGAGAAAAAAUGCCCACAAGUUGAGAAUAUUAUAAGAGCUGGUCUCAAACCUGUUUUCUCCACUGAUAUUGCUUCACCUGCUGCUUUGUUGAGGCUCAUGUUCCACGACUGCCAAGUUCAGGGCUGCGAUGCUUCCAUUCUGGUUGAUCAAGACAGCGAAAAGCAUGAUUCGUCGGAGAUGGCUUCAGCUAAAAACUUUGGAAUCCGAAAGAGAAAAACAAUAAACCUUCUGAAGUCCAUGGUUGAAGUAGCAUGUCCUAACCAAGUUUCUUGUGCUGACAUUCUCAUCAUGGCGGCACGUGAGGCAGUGGCUACUUCUGGAGGGCCUUAUAUAAAGGUUCCCUUGGGACGCAGAGACUCCUCGAGUGCUCCAAGCUACGAACUUGCCAAUGCUCUUCUUCCUCCUUCCACCAUUGGAGUCGAAGAAAUGCUUCAGAUUUUUUCCAACAAAGGAAUGUCAGUUGAAGAAUCUGUUGCCAUUAUGGGUUCACAUACACUGGGAGUAACACACUGUUUGAAUAUCAUGAAUCGUCUCUAUGAAGGCGAAGAGGGUCAAAUAAAAGGAAUGGAGCAUGGGUUUGAAGUGUUUUUAAGGUUAAGGUGUCCCAACAAGGAAUCAUUGACCAGUAACUCGAGCUUUGUGUUGAAUGACCCAACGACAUUUGGGUUCGACAAUUUGUACUACGUUAACGCCAUGAGUGGACAUGGGUUGCUGAGAAUAGAUGCGGAGAUGGCACUGGACGCUCGUACGGCUCACGUUGUGCGUCGUUUUGCUGCUGACGAAGAAGCUUUCUUUCAGGCGUUCUCUUCUGCUUUUGUUAAGCUCUCCAGUUAUGGCGUUCUGGUUGGGAACAAUGGCGUUAUUAGAAAGAGAUGUGAUGUUGUAGAUUAA